UGCACCGCGCAGCCACGCUCCUCCUCUCGCACCAUCCCAUCCCCACCCCCUGCCUCCAAACCCGCUGCAGCCGGAGGUGGGGGAGCGGAGCGUGGAGGGGAGGGGAGCAGGGCUGGCGACUCUGGAGACAGCGGUGCCUUGGCCUUUCCCACCCACCAGCCUUGGAUCCCACUGGACACCGGAGGCACGUCCACCGCCCCCUAGAGUCACCCACGCCGACCCCUGCCCUCUUCCCUAGACGUCUUCCCAUCCUCUGGACUUCACCUUCCCCAUCCUUUCCUGGGCUCCCGACCUCCGUCCUCCCCCCGCUCCCUCUCCUCACUCCCGGACCUGCCCUUCUCGGCGCCCCUCUUCCCUAGGGAGAUGCGAUGAGCCUGUGUCCCAGCGCCCUCAUCGCCAUCCUGGGCACGGUGCCCAUCCAGUGCCCGUGGUGGGGAGGGAGCACUCCGCGGCCCCUCUGUGACUUCCCUGCCUCGACCGCCCCUCCAGCUGGAGUCCCUGAGCCAUGCCCCAGGGGACCCAGCCAGGGGGUGGGCUCUAGAGCGAGUGGGGUGGAGAGGAGGAAGGACGGGGCCCUGGGCUCCUCUGAGAUGCUCCCAAGUGCCAGGGGGGGCCGAGCGAGGCGCAGGCAACCGGGCGGCAGGCAUGAUGCCCUCGCCUAGUGACUCCAGCCGCUCGCUUACCAGUCGGCCUAGUACCCGGGGCCUUACCCACCUCCGCCUCCACCGACCCUGGCUGCAGGCCCUGCUCACGCUGGGGCUGGCCCAGGUGCUUCUGGGCAUCCUGGUGGUCACCUUCAGCAUGGUGGCCUCCUCUGUCACCACCACUGAGAGCAUCAAGAGGUCCUGCCCGUCUUGGGCUGGAUUCUCGCUGGCGUUCUCCGGGGUAGUUGGCAUUGUGUCCUGGAAGCGGCCAUUCACUUUAGUGAUCUCCUUCUUCUCCUUGCUGUCGGUGCUGUGUGUCAUGCUCAGCAUGGCGGGCUCUGUUCUCUCCUGCAAGAACGCUCAGCUGGCCAGAGACUUCCACCACUGCUCCACGGAAGGGAAGGUCUGUGUAUGCUGCCCCUCCGGUCCCCUCCUCCGGCCCUGUCCAGAGUCAGGGCAGGAACUAAAAGUUGCCCCUAACUCCACCUGUGAUGAAGCCCGAGGGGCCCUCAAGAACCUGCUCUUCAGCGUCUGCGGACUUACCGUUUGUGCCACCAUAAUCUGUACCGUCUCAGCUAUUGUCUGCUGCAUCCAAAUAUUCUCCCUUGACCUCAUGCACACGCAGCUGGCCCCUGAGCGCUCUGUCUCAGGUCCCCUGGGGCCUCUGGGCUGUACCUCCUCGCCCCCGGCCCCUCUCCUGCACACCAUGAUGGACUUGGAGGAAUUUGUACCACCUGUGCCCCCACCUCCCUACUACCCCCCAGAGUACACCUGCAGCUCAGAAACAGAUGCACAGAGCAUCACCUAUAACGGCUCCAUGGACAGCCCAGUGCCCUUGUACCCUACUGAUUGCCCCCCUUCUUAUGAGGCCGUUAUGGGGCUACGAGGAGACAGCCAGGCCACUCUGUUUGAUCCUCAGCUUCAUGAUGGCUCCUGCAUCUGCGAGCGGGUGGCCUCCAUUGUGGAUGUGUCCAUGGACAGCGGGUCGCUGGUGCUGUCGGCCAUCGGCGACCUCCCGGGGGGCUCCAGCCCGUCCGAGGACUCGUGGUCCCUCACCCCACCCGGGCACCGGCCCCCUCAUCCCGCGCCCACGCCACCGCUGCUGCUGCCACGGUCACACAGCGACCCCGGCAUCGCCUCCUCCAGCAACACUGCUGACUUCAGGGACCUUUAUACCAAAGUGUUUGAGGAAGAAGCUGCUUCUGUUUCCUCUGCAGAUACAGGGCUCUGCUCUGAAGCCUGCCUCUUCCAUCUAGCCCGCUGCCCUUCCCCCAAGUUGCUACGUGCUCAUUCAGCCGGGAAACGGCGCCCUGUUCCCACCUACCAGAAGGUCCCCUUGCCCUCGGGCCCUACACCUGCCCACUCCCUGGGGGACCUGAAGGGCAGCUGGCCGGGCCGGGCCUUGGUCACCCGUUUCCUCCAGAUGUCCAGGAAGACCCCGGACCCCAGUGGGAACGGAGCCCAUGGGCAUAAGCAGGUGCCCCGGAGCCGGUGGGGACGGCCAGGCCGAGAGAGUCUCCAUCUUAGAAGCUGCGGGGAUCUGAGCUCCGGCUCCUCCCUGCGGCGCCUCCUGUCUGGCCGCAGGCUGGAGCGGGGUACUCGCCCCCACAGCCUCAGCCUCAAUGGGGGCACCCGGGAGACAGGGCUCUGAUGUGGGCUUCUUGCUGCAUUGAACAGAUCCAGGUGAAUGCUGGGGCUACAGGCCCCAGCUGGUUGGGACCAGCAGCCUCCAGCCUUCCCUUGCACUGGCUGACACAGAGAGAAACUCGCUGUAUACCCACUGUUACUCCUUUCUCUCCUACCUCGGGCCCCUGCUGCUUGUCUCUGCUUCUCUGGCCUGGGAGAGCUUCUGUCCUAUACUGCAUGGGUGUUCAGGCUGUGGGGGAGAUACCCUGCUUACAGCACUGGAGGAAGAAAAUAAUCAAGUCCUGCCCCACCCCCCAACCCCCAGCAUGAGAGUAACUCUCUCUGAUUUGUCAGGGGCCCUAUGGCCAGGGCAAGGCCUGCCCAGGGUGUUGAAGCCUAAGGGGCUGUGUGCCUAUACAACUGGGUGGUGAAGCAUGAAGAGUCAUAAAAACCUGGGUGGCCUCCCAGCUCUGCCACCUCUAGCUGCAUGACCUUGGGCAAGUUAUUUAACCUCAGUGUCCUGACCUGUAAAACACUGCGAGGGCAAAUGUUUGUAAAACCCUUAACACACUGUAAGCCUUCAAUAAAUUUCAAUUUCCCCCUUC